CAAAGAGAAACACAAGCUAAAACCCAACUCCCAUUUGCAGCCCAAGACGAUCAAACCAGUGCACGAUAGAAGGGGAACUGAGAAACUCGAAAACACUGCGCACGCAUUUUUCUUUUUCCUUUUUUCGUUAUACCGUUGGGAAAUGAUAAGAUGGCAAAACAAGCUCAAACCCCUUUUCUUGAAGAGUGGCUGAGGAGCCAUAGUGGUAGUGGCAGCAGCAUCAGCAUCAGCUCUGGACGCCCUUCCUCUGUGUCUGCCCGUGCCAUUAUUCAGGCGUGGACGGAGCUGAGGGAUUCUCUUCAAUACCAAUCAUUUCACCCCAAUCACUUCCAAUCUCUGAGAACCCUUUUUGAUUCCCAAUCCUCCCUGUAUGUUGCAGACCCGCAAGCAAGGCUUCUUCUCGCCAUUCUUUCUUCUUCAAACCUCUCUCUUCCUCAUGAAUCAUACCCUCUCUUUCUCAGACUCCUUUAUAUCUGGGUCAGGAAAUCAACCAAGCCUUCCUCAGUGCUUGUUGAUUCUGCUGUCGAAGUUGUUGCAAGGCUUUUCUCCAUCCAAUUUGAUACUAGAAAGAGUUCUUCCUUAUUCUCCCAAGGCAUUCUCCUCUUGGGUGCCUUUUCUGUUGUACGAGUUGCAUCUGAACACUCCAAAACAGUCUGCUUAGAGUUGCUCUGUAGGCUUUUGGAAGAAGAAUAUCAGUUAAUUGGAUCAUCCGAAGAACUUAUUCCUGAUAUUCUUGGAGGGAUUGGCUAUGCGCUAUCCUCUUCUGGGAAGGCUCAUUUUGCCCAAAUUUUGAAUUCUUUGCUGGGAAUUUGGGGUAAGGACGGUGGUCCCCAUGGCAAUGUUUCUCAUGGGCUCAUCAUUUUGCAUUUGAUUGAAUGGGUUCUAUCUAGUUUCAUCAAUUCAUGUUCUUUGGACAAAAUUGAUGUUUUUUCCGAAGAGUUUCUAGAGAUUUCAAAGGUAAGCUACCUUCCAUUUGCUGUGGUCAUGGCUGCAGCUGGAGUACUGAGGGCUGCCAGUAAAACUAUACCGAGUGGUGUAGGGCUGGAUGCUGUUUCGAGUCUAAGGACUUCUGCAGAGGAAAGAAUUGAAGCAGUGACAAGAGAUUUAAUAUCUAAAACGGGAGGUUUUACUAAUUUGGUUAAUGAUCCAGAAGUUGGUUUUCUCCUACAGUGUGUUUCAUUAGCUUUGGUUCGAAGUGGUCCAGUUUCUUGUCGAGCCUCUCUUCUCUCAUGCCUUGCUUCAGCAUUGUUGACUGAAAUCUUUCCCUUACAAAAGUUCUAUACAAAAAUUCUCAAUCACCCACAUGACAAUUUGGCAGGACUGAUGGUUAAUGAAGUCAAAGAACACCUGGGCAGUGUCCCCUUCAAGGAAGCUGGGGCCAUAACAGGGGUUUUCUGCAACCAGUAUGUCUCAGUAGAUGAAGAGAACAAGGGUGUUGUGGAGAAUCUUAUAUGGGCCUAUUGUCAGAAUAUUUACUUGGGGCACCGGCAGGUUGCUUUGAUGCUUCGAGGCAGGGAAGCUGAGUUGCUUGGGGAUUUGGAGAAAAUCACCGAAUCUGCUUUUCUUAUGGUUGUAGUUUUUGCAUUGGCUGUCACAAAGUACAGGUUAAAUUCAAAAUUCGCAAGGGAAAAUCAGAUGGAAAUUUCAAUAAGAAUACUGGUUUCAUUCUCUUGUGUGGAGUAUUUCCGGCGUAUGCGUUUACCAGAAUAUAUGGACACAAUUCGAGGGGUUGUUGUGAGUGUUCAGGAGUAUGAGUCUGCCUGUGUGUCUUUUGUGGAAUCAAUGCCUUCUUAUGCUGACUUGACAAAUCAAAAAGGCUUUUCCUACUUGCAGAAAAUGGAAUAUCAAUGGUACAAGGAUGAAGUGCAGACUGCUCGCAUAUUGUUUUAUCUACGGGUUAUUCCAACUUGUGUUGAACGUUUGCCCGACCUCACAUUUCGAAAGAUUGUAGCUCCAAUUAUGUUCUUAUACAUGGGACAUCCAAAUGGAAAAGUUGCACGAGCCUCACAUUCAAUGUUUGUGGCAUUCAUAUCAUCUGGGAAGGAUGCUAAUCAUGAUGAAAGAGUGUUAUUGAAGGAGCAACUGGUUUUUUAUUACAUACAAAGAUCUCUAGAGGGCUAUCCUGACAUUACUCCUUUUGAUGGUAUGGCUUCUGGAGUUGCAGCCUUGGUUCGGCAUCUUCCUGCAGGAAGUUCGGCUAUAUUUUACACUAUCCAUACUCUUAUCGAGAAAGCUAAUAAUCUCUGCAGAGAAGUUUUGACUCAGGAGGUUGAUCUGUGGAAGAAUUGGCAAGGAGAGUCCCAGCCUUGUAAGAAAAUGCUAGAGUUGCUUUUACGGCUCAUUUCCCUGGUAGAUGUACAGGUAUUGCCAAACUUGUUGAAGUUGUUAGCUCAGCUGAUCGUCCAAUUGCCAAAAGAUGGCCAGAACAUGGUUCUUAAUGAGAUAUAUUCACAGGUUGCAGAAUCUGAUGAUGUUACUCGAAAACCCACAUUAGUUUCAUGGGUGCAGUCAUUAUCUUACCUUUGUGCUCAAGCAACUAGUGGAAGUGCAAACUCCAAAAGCCUGGAAAGUGAAGAAAAUUCUGCUUCUGCAUUAAGUAUGGGACCAUUAAGCUGGAAUAGAAUCAGUGCACGGCUCUAGGACAUUGAGCUUGCUUGCCCAUUGGUUCCACAACCAUUACCAACACCCAGCUUUCUCGAGGUAAUUUCUUCCAUGUUUUAUCUCUAUUUAGGUUUCUCAAGGUGUAAAUUUCUCAUUCAUUCUCCCUCUUUCUCUAUAAAAUUUGUGAACUCAUUUCAGUAGGGCUUUGUAUGAUCUAUGGUUUAUUAUGUUAUUAGGAUCCUGUGGAUUGCUUGAUUGUUGUGAUUUUCGUGAUUUGUUUGGUUAUUAAGAUUUUGUGGUUUGUUUGAUUAUUGGAACCUAAAGGAAAAUAGAAGAAAAAUGGGGUUUAGGGUUGCAAAUCUUUUUCUAAAAAAUGUUUUGGCAUUAUAAGAUAUCUAAUUCUUACGCUCAAUUGGUUUGUACUGAAACCAGUGUUUGAUUUUCUGGUGAUUUUUUGAAAGUUUUGCAGUGUUUACAAAGUUGGGUACUUCAAAUUUCAGUGGUUACUCUUAAUUCUUGAAUGGGGUUUCUGUAAAUUGUUGAUUUUAGGAAGACGUCUGCUUGUUUGGCUAGUCUCUCUGAGCUUUGUUAUUUGUACAGAGGUUUCAAUAGCAGUUCCCAUAGACCGUAGAGUAGAGUUGCAAUUUAGAUAUCAUUGCCUUUUAGGGACAAAACCUCAUAGCAAGGAUUUAUUUGUACCAUAUACAUCUUCUUGCUAGUACUUCACCCUCAAAGCUGACCUUAAUUCUCAUUUGUUGGUU